CCAUUCACACAACCGGUCACGUCACACAUGAGCCUGCAAAAUCCAACGAAUAAAAAGAUUUUGUUCAAAAUUAAAACGACAGCACCAAAAAAAUAUUGCGUUCGUCCCAAUUGCGGUGCUAUUGAUCCUGGACAGACCGUUGACAUUGCUAUUUGUCUUCAACCAUUUGUAUUCGAUCCGAAUGAAAAAAACAGACAUAAAUUCAUGGUUCAAUCUUUGAUGGCACCUGAUGGUGAAAUUAAUGUUGAUCAAUUGUGGAAGGAUGUUUCUCCUGAACAGUUGAUGGAUGCCAAGUUGCGUUGCACAUUCGAAAUGCCGGAAGAAAAUAUAAAGGAGGGCAAUGUUAGUCAAUUAACUUCUCAUUUGCUGAAGAAUGAAGCGAUGAUGAGCGAUGCUCAGCAAAAUGUUUCUGGUGAUGGCGUUGGAGGCAAGUCCAAUGAUUCUGACAUUGUUCGAGCAGCAGCAGAAGUUCGUGAAUUGCGCGAGGAAAACAGCAAGAUGCGUCAAGAAAACUUGAAAUUAAAUGAGCAAAUUCUUCGUUUGAAAUCGUUGGUGGAAUCGAAUAAGUCGCUAGAUUCAAGCUCAACAUCAGCACCAUCAGCCAAACUUAUUUCGAAUCCAUAUUCACCACCUCAACUUGGACAACAACAACAAAUACCAAUCAUGUGGGUGGUCGCUGCAAUUGGAAUGGCCAUCUUUGGCUUGAUCCUUGGCAAGUUUGUCCUCUGAAUGCAUUAAACUACUUUGAACAUUAAAAAAAA